GUGAGGCAUAGAGAGUGAACGCGCUUUGGCUUUUUGAAGAUAUUUCUCUGUUCAGGACGAGUUAUUUGGAUAUAAUUACAAGUCAUAUCAAGAACAAGCGCUGUUUUUAUAAGUGUCGUGUUUUUGGAAUAUUUUGAGAACCUUUUUGUAUUUAGAGAGUUGAGAGUGAAGAUGAAGGCCUUGUUUGCACUGUGUCUUGUGGCGUUUAUCGCUGGAGCUUCUGCACAAUGCACAUGCAAAACCAUGAAGUGGGCAACCUGUGAUGGAACGCCAUGCAAAUGUGAGGUUUUUAUUGAUACCAAUGUAAAGCAGACUCUGGAAUGUGAAAAAUUGGUGCCCAAAUGCUUUCUUAUGAAGGCUGAAAUGUACCGUGCCAAGAACGGCCUGUCUACUAGAACCUUUGGUGGUAAGCCAGUCGACACUGCAAUUGUGGAUAAUGAUGGGAUCUAUGACCCAGUGUGUGAGAAUAAUGGCCGCUUCAAAGCUAUCCAGUGCAAUGGCACUGAAACCUGCUGGUGCGUGAACAGUGCUGGUGUCCGCAGAUCUGACAAAGGAGACAAGAACCUGAAGUGUGAGCCAGUUGAGACCAACUGGAUUCGCCUUGAGUUGACGCACAAUGAAACUAAUGCUGCUUUGGAUAGUGCCAAACUCAGAACUGGACUUGAAAAUGCUGUCCUGGAACGUUAUGGCCUGGCUAAGGGUUUUAUUCAAGAGGUUCAGUAUGAAAAAGCAUCUCGUAGGAUUCUUGUGGAUCUCAAGAAAUCUGAUAAUACAGACUUGGCUACUGUGGCUUACUACAUGGAGAAAGAUGUCAAAGUCCUGCCCCUUUUCAAGGAACAAAACAAAAUGGAGGUCAGCGUUGAAGGCAACAAAGUGCCCAUGAAGAACAUCCUGAUCUACUAUGUGGAUGAAAAACCUCCUACCAUGACCAUGCAGAAACUGACUGGUGGUGUGAUUGCUGUGAUUGUGGUGGUUGCCCUGGCUGUGGUCAUAGGCCUCCUUGUUUUGUUUUUUAUGAACAGACGAGAGAAGGCCCAGUACAGCAAAGCACAGGCAAGGGAGAUGGAUAACUUGUCUUAAAGACAAGAUCUCUUCUACAGUUCUGUCUGCACAAGGAUCAUCUGUAUAUUGCUUGUUUUAAUGUUGGUUGAACUUUAACAAGGGAUUGAACAAUUAGUGUCUGUUACAUGCUCCAUAAUGUUUUUGAAUAACAUGGAUGUCUUUGUUACGUUGUCUUAAUUUGGCAGUCCAGCCUUUAUCUCCUUUAAAGAGGAAUGGACUUCUGCUUCAGUUUUACUGUCCAUAGCCAGUGUGUCUUAGUUUUUAAAGUGUCAGUUACAAUGAAUAUGUACAGUUUUUAAACCUUUUUUAAAAUAAAUGUUUAUUAAUAGUGUCUUGUAUCUUCAAUAAUUCCAGUGUACCCCGACAAACUGAUUUAAAGAGCAAUCUGCUCCGUCUUGUUUUAUGGUAUGCAGACUGGCAUGUGCACACCCUUUGUAGUGCCUAGCCUGACAAAAGGUAUAUAGGCAUCUAAAAUUUUAUGUGAAGCUUUAGUUUACCUUUUAUCUUUUUUUUUUUUUUUUUUUUUUUUUUUAUCAAAACAUUUUUUUGAAAGCAAGUAACCUUGCUAAAAUAACUGGCACAAUUAGGCAAGAUGGGUAAAUGGGGAAGGUUGCAUUGUGUUCUCAGGGAUGUUACUGAACCAACAAUUGAGAUUGUACUUGUAUGUAUGCCUCUUGCAUUGUUUUAAAUAAACUUUUUUUUUUGACCGUUUUAUAAAA